CAAUUUGGCAACGAAAAAGUAGAGCCAUGGAGCAUGCAUGGAUAUGAAGAUAACUGAGAAAUGAACAGCACACCUCACCAUUGCAUCUCUUUGUUCACCAGCUGCAAAACCUUCAAGACCCUCAAACAAAUCCACGCUUCCCUUGUCAAAACCGGCUACCACUCAGACCCUUUUUUCGCCGGUAAACUAAUUCUCCAUUACGCAGUAACGGUCUCCGAUGCUCUCCACUACGCUCGCCGUCUCUUGCAUCAUUUUCCAAACCCGGAUGCGUUCAUGUAUAACACGCUUAUUCGAGGGUUCUUGGAAUCGGCUAUCCCUCAAAAUUCAAUAUAUACUUUCGUUGAUAUGCGUAGGAAAUCAAUGGUUCUUCCUGAUAGCUUCUCUUUUGCAUUUGUUCUUAAGGCGGCGGCGAAUUAUGGGUCACUGAGAGCUGGGAUCCAGCUGCAUUGUCAAGCUCUGAUUCAUGGGUUCGAUACCCAUUUGUUUGUUGGGACGACUUUGGUAAGCAUGUAUGGAGAAUGCGGCUCUGUCGGUUUCGCUAAGAAACUGUUCGACGAAAUGCGUGAGCCAAAUCUUGUUGCUUGGAAUUCGGUUUUCACGGCUUGCUUUAGGUGUGGGGAUAUAACAAGUGCUCGAGAAAUUUUUUAUAUGAUGCCUUUUAAGAAUUCAACUUCAAUGAAUGUAAUGCUUGCAGGGUAUGCAAAAGCUGGGGAGAUGGAGCUUGCUAGUAAAUUGUUUUGGGAGAUGAAAGUGAAGAAUGAUGUUUCUUGGAGUACCAUCAUUGUAGGAUUUGCUCAUAAUGGGUGGUUUGAUGAAGCUUUUGCAUAUUUUAGGGAGUUGCUAAUGGUGGGGUUGAGACCCAAUGAGGUUAGCUUGACUGGGGUGCUUUCAGGCUGUUCCCAAGCUGGGGCGGUUGAGCUUGGUAAAACCUUGCAUGGUUUUAUUGAGAAAUCUGGGGUUAGUUGGAUUACUACUGUAAACAAUGCACUUGUGGAUAUGUAUGCAAGGUGUGGGAGUGUAGGGAUGGCUGGAUUAGUUUUUCGGAGUAUGCCAUAUAAGAGCAUUGUUUCUUGGACUUCGAUGAUAGAAGGGCUUGCAAUGCAUGGUCAUGCAGAGGAGGCGAUACUGGUUUUCAAUGAGAUGGAAGGAUGUGGAAUUAGGCCAGAUCAGAUUACGUUUGUUUCUCUCCUAUAUGCAUGUAGUCAUGCUGGGUUAAUUGAACAAGGAUGUAGCUUAUUUUCUAGGAUGAAGGAUGUGUAUGAUAUCGAACCUACGGUUGAGCACUAUGGCUGCAUGGUUGAUUUGUACGGUCGAGCUGGUUACCUGCAGAAGGCUUAUGACUUUGUAUCUCAAAUGCCAAUAUCACCAAAUGCUAUAAUUUGGCGGACUCUUCUGGGUGCUUGCAGCAUUCAUGGGAAUAUCGAGUUGGCGGAGCUAGCAAAGGCUAGACUUUUUGAGCUAGAACCUGACGACUCCAGUGAUAACGUGCUACUGUCAAAUAUUUAUGCAGUUGCGGGGAAAUGGAAGGAUGUUGCCACUGUGAGGCGGUUGAUGGAGGAUCAGAAGAUAAAGAAAAUACCUGGUUGGAGUAUGAUUGAAGUUGACCGGACCAUGUAUAGGUUCGUGGCAAGGGAAAAAUCGAAUAAGGCGACAGAAGAGGCUUACAAGAAGCUGAAGGAGAUAAUGUCAAGGCUUAGGGUUGAGGGAGGUUAUGUUCCUGAAGUUGCAAGUGUAUUGCACGAUGUAGAUGAGGAAGAAAAGGAAGAGUUAUUAUCCAAACACAGUGAGAAGCUUGCUGUAGCUUUCGGGAUGUCAAGGCUAUCUAAGGAAAAGGUCAUAAGAGUAGUAAAGAAUCUGAGAAUAUGCAGAGACUGUCAUACUGUCAUGAAGUUGAUCUCUAAAGUUUACAGGUUAAAACUCGUGGUUAGAGAUCGAAGUCGCUUUCACUCAUUCGAUGAUGGCUCUUGUUCUUGCAAAGAUUAUUGGUGAUUCGUCAGUAGCCAACAUUCAACCAAUGGAAGGUAUCAUAUACAAGGAAAACUUCGAAAACUAACAAUAUUUGAUUGAAAUUGAGCCAAAACGGAAAAGAAACUCGAGUCUUUAUUUGUCCGAAUUGCCGAUAUUAUGGGGGCUGAGCAGA